AUGUCAAUUUCUAUAUUAGAUAAUAAUCUCGGAGUAAAUCUCCCUUCAUACGAAAAAGAUGUUUCCUCGAAUAAUAAAAAAGAUUUAAUUCGAAUUGCAGAGGAUCGAAAGAUUACAAAAUUUGAUUAUAAUUCAUUUGAAAAUAUCAAACCAAUUGCAAGUGGAGGAUUUG